AUGCUUUUUAAUUUGGCCACCAAGUCACGACGAGAAAUCAUAAAUGCGUUUGAUGGUCUUGGUGGUGGAACCAAUUUUUGCGUAUUUGGAAAUGGUAAUACGAGAUUUGAUAUUUUCAACGUUAAUUCAUAUGGAGGAUUUAAUAAUAAUCUUCAACGGGAAGCACUAGCAUUGAAGAACCGAAGCUCGUCAUCUAUAUUCUUAACAAAAUCAUUUGGUGUUGAUGAAGUUGUAAUUGGCUCAUGGAUACUGAACUGGGAAAACAUGUUUUUAGUAGUGUGGAUUUUGGGCUUGUCUAAAGUUUAA